AUGAGGAACCACACAGAGUUGACUGAGUUCAUCCUGCUGGGAAUUCCACGGACCCAGGGAGUUGAGAAGAUACUUUUUCUCCUCUUCCUGUUCAUUUACCUCUUCACCCUGAUUGGCAACUUACUCAUCCUCAUAGCAAUUGUUUCCUCCUCUGUCCUUCACACCCCCAUGUACUUCUUUUUAGGGCUCCUGGCCAUUUUGGACAUAGUUUUACCAGCUGUAACCUGCCCCAAGAUGCUGUUCUAUCUCUCUGGUCAGAGUCGAGCUAUUUCUUACCAGGGCUGUGCCACACAGAUCUUCUUCUAUCACUUCCUGGGGACUUCUGAAGCAUGUCUAUAUGCUAUAAUGUCCUGUGAUCGUUUUGUAGCCAUCUGUUAUCCCCUCAGGUAUUCAAUCAUCAUGAGACCAGGAGUCUGUGUGGGUUUGGUCAAAGCAGCCUGGUGGGUGGGCUUUGUUCACGGUUGCAUUGUAACCUCCUUCACUUUUAGCCUGACCUACUGUGGCCCGAAUCAGGUGGAUUUCUUCUUUUGUGAUAUCCCUGCUGUCUUGCCCCUGGCCUGUGAUGAUACAUCACUGGUGCAGACAGUUGGUUCUGCAGAAGUUAGCUUUCUGGCUUUAUUAUUUUGGGGCACCAUUUGCCUCUGCUACAUGCGCAUCGCGAUUGCCAUUUUGAGGAUGCGCUCAGCAGAGGGCAGGAAGAAAGCCUUCUCCACCUGCAGUGCCCAUCUCGCUGCUGUCCUCUGUUACCUCGCUCCUGUGGUCAUCAUCUAUCUGCAGCCCACUCCCAAUCCCUCUGUGGAUGCCAUAGUGCAAAUAUUUACUAGUAUUGUCUCUCCCAUGUUAAAUUCACUCAUCUUUUCCUUAAGAAACAAAGAUGUAAAGAAUUCCUUGAGAAAAGUGUUUUGCAAAGUUGUAAUUACUCUUCAAGAGUAA